CAAUGGCCGCUGCUGCAUCAUCAUCCGCCCGCAUUCCUCUCAUCAUAGUUCUGGUGCUAGUACUAUCCGCCGUCCGGGCCUCUUCUUCUUCCUCGAGUUCGGCCAAUGGCACCGGCAGCGACGCAGACCUCGCUGCCCUGCUGGCUUUCAAAGCGCAGCUUUCCGACCCCGCCGGCAUCCUCGCCAACAGCUGGGUAGCCAACAGGUCCUUCUGCCACUGGGCCGGUGUCACCUGCAGCCGCCGUCGCCGGCGUGUUACAGCUCUGUCGUUGCCGGACACUUCCCUCCUCGGCUCCCUGGCGCCUCACGUAGGUAACCUUUCUUUCCUCUCCGUCCUCAACCUUACAAACACCGGCCUUAUCGGCUCCAUCCCACCUGAACUUGGCAGGCUACGCCGGCUUCGAUAUCUCUCUCUCUAUUGGAAUAGCCUUUCUAAUGAUAUUCCUCGUGUCCUUGGGAACCUUACAAGGCUCGAGUUCCUCCAUCUAGGUCACAACCAACUCUCAGGUCAGAUCCCUUGUGACCUACUGUUGUAUAUGCAGAAUCUUAGAAAAUUUACUUUACAAACAAAUUAUUUAAGUGGCCCAAUACCACCCUAUAUGUUCAACAACACACCUUCCUUGAGGUACAUCCGUCUUGGAAACAACAGCUUAUCGGGUCCUAUACCUAACAAUAUUGCCUCCCUCUCCAAACUUGAGUUGUUGACUCUGCAAGUCAAUCAACUCAGCGGCAUGGUUCCACAAGCCAUGUACAACAUGUCCAGGUUGCGAGUCAUGCUACUUCCAUCCAAUAAUCUAACUGGACAAAUUCCGGAUAAUCGAAGUUUCAGCCUACCAAUGUUGACAAAAAUUUCCCUCACUGCAAACAAAUUCUCCGGACGGUUUCCUUCGGGGCUUGCAUCAUGCCAGUACCUUGAAAUAUUGUCCCUGUCCACAAAUUGUUUUAUGGACGUUGUGCCAACAUGGUUAGCCAAAUUGCCGCAUCUCCAGCGGAUUUCCUUGGGUAGUAAUAACCUUGUUGGCUCAAUCCCAUCCGAGCUUAGCAAUCUCACUAACCUUCCUUUCCUGGAGCUCUCUAAUGCCAACCUGAAAGGGGAAAUCCCACCACAAGUAGGUCUAAUGCAAGAACUCUCCUAUUUAAAUUUUGAAAAGAAUCAACUAACAGGUACAAUUCCACCUUCCCUUGGCAACUUGUCCAAAUUGUCCUAUCUAUAUUUGGACACAAAUCACUUUUCCGGCCAAGUACCCACAACACUCGGGAGAAUUGCAACUUUGAAAAGGCUUCUUCUAUCUAAGAAUAAAUUAGAGGGGAAUACGGACUUCUUGCUUGCUCUCUCCAACUGCCGACAACUCCAGGACCUUGUAAUACCGAAUAAUUAUUUCACAGGCACCCUUCCAGACCAUAUGGGAAACCUCUCUACACAGUUAAUCACUUUUCGUGCAAGUUACAAUAAGUUAACCGGUGGAAUUCCAGCUACUCUCUCAAAUUUAAGCAGUCUGAAUUGGAUAGAUCUUUCCAACAACCUACUAACAAAGGAAAUGCCAUACUCCAUCACUACAAUGGAAAACCUUGUGUUACUCGAUAUCUCAAUGAAUGAAUUGUUAGGCACUAUCCCAAGUCAAAUUGGUAUGUUCAAGAGUCUUGAGCGAUUGUUUUUGCAGAAAAAUAAAUUCUUUGGCUCUAUACCAGAUAGCAUUGGCAACCUUAGCAGGCUACAAUACAUUGACAUGUCCAAUAACCAGUUCAUUUCUGCACUACCUACAAGUGUAUUCCACCUAGAUGAACUUAUCAGAUUAAAUCUUUCUCACAAUUCCUUUGGUGGUGCGCUUCCAGAUGAUGUUAGCAUGCUAAGCCAAAUCGAUCAAAUAGACCUUUCUUCCAACUUCUUGGAUGGGAAGAUUCCUGGAUCAAUCGGGAAAUUUAAAAUGCUAACCUACCUCAAUCUAUCAUGUAAUUUGUUUGAAGGCCCAAUUCCAAACCAACUUAAUAACCUAACUAGCUUAGAAUUAUUAGAUCUCUCCUCCAAUGAUCUUUCUGGCACCAUCCCCACUUUCUUUGCCAACUUUACAUACUUGAGUACCUUGAACCUCUCCUUCAAUAGGCUAGAUGGUCAGAUACCUGAGGGAGGUGUCUUCUUGAAUCUCACAUUGCAAUCUUUGAUUGGAAAUGUUGGGCUAUGCGGUGCUCCACGCAUAGGAUUUCCACCAUGCCUUGACAAAUCUCAUUCAAGUAACAAACACUUGUUGAAAUUUCAAAUCCUGAUUGUCAUUAUUACUUUUGGCGGUAUUGCAAUUUGCUUAUACCUAUGUAUCAAAAAAGAACUUAAGAAGCGAGAGGUCAAAGAUUAUGUCGAUCCAACCGAUGGCAUAUGCAAUAAGAUAGUCUCAUAUCAUGAGCUCCUUCGCGCCACCAACAAUUUCAGCGAAGAUAACAUACUUGGCUCUGGAAGCUUUGGAAAAGUAUUCAAGGGCCAAUUGAGCAGUGGUUUGGUGGUCGCGAUAAAAGUUCUGGACAUGCAACUGGACCAGGCCAUCCGAAGUUUUGAUGCGGAGUGUCGAGUUCUUCGCAUGGUGCGACACCGCAACCUGAUACGAAUACUCAACACUUGUUCCAACCUCGACUUUAGAGCGCUUAUACUUCAGUACAUGCCAAAUGGCAGCUUAGAGACACUCAUAUACCAGUCCCACAGUACAAUGCACUUGGGAUUCCUUGAGAGGUUGGGCAUCUUGCUUGACGUGUCGAUGGCGAUGGCGUAUCUGCAUCAUGAGCACCACGAGGUGAUCUUGCAUUGUGACCUGAAACCUAGCAACGUGUUGUUUGAUGAGGAUAUGACUGCGCAUGUUGCGGACUUUGGCAUUGCAAGGCUGCUUCAAGGUGAUGACAACUCCAUGACAUAUGCGAGCAUGCCCGGAACAGUUGGGUAUAUGGCACCAGAGUAUGGGUCUCUUGGAAAAGCAUCGCGGAAGAGCGACAUAUUCAGCUUUGGAAUCAUGCUCCUCGAAGUCUUCACGGGAAGGAGGCCGACAGAUGCCAUGUUCGUCGGGGAACUGAGCCUUCGGCGGUGGGUUUGUCAGGCAUUCCCCUCGGAGCUUGUGCAUGUCGUCGAUGAGCGGCUACUACAGGGCCCGUCUUCUAGCUGCAACUUGGCCGAUGGCUUUCUUGUGCCAGUACUGGAGCUGGGUCUUCUCUGCUCCUCCGACUUACCUGACCAGAGAACGACGACGAUGAGCGAUGUGGUCGUGAGACUAAAGAAGAUCAAAGUGGAGUAUAUCAAAUCGACACCAGCGAUGCCGGGGAGCGCAGCACAGUGAUUGAUCACUGCCCUUUCUUCUAUCGAUCUACAGCUGGAUGUAUCUGCUCAUCUCGUGCAAUAAGGAGUUAACGACAGCAUCAGCUGUUACUCCCUCCGUCCCAAAAUUCUUGUCUUAGAUUUGUCUAGAUACGGAUAUAUCUAAUACUAAAAUGUGACUUGAUACAUCCGUAUUUAGACAAAUCUAAGACAAGAAUUUUGGGACGGAGGGAGUACAAAUUACUGGGUCUAUUGUACCUACGCCUCGUUGGUCCGUGCGUGUAAUCAUUUCUUGUUCUUUUUUUUUAAGGGAAUCAGUUCUUGUUCUUGGUAUAUAUAAGGUGUUGCUUUGAAGUUGCUCCAUAUAUACAGAUAGACUGUGAUGUUCGUGUCGGAGUUUGCAAUUUCAGCAUAUGAAUUGAUGUGUUACUCCGGUUUGAUGGAUCAAAUUAAUGCCACAAAGUACAACAACCUCACUGGCCGGCAUUAGAAACCGUAGGAACGAUCUCCAGUUUAAAUUAGUUCCAGCUUGAGAAAGAGAUAAACGCAUAGGCAACCGCUGGCGGAUCCAGGAGUUGAAGUUUGCCGUGGGAAAAUUGAAGAGCUUCUAAGGUCUCCUUUUUUGCAGUACAAAUGCAAGUCUAUUCAAUCAAAACUGAUGAAAGUAAUCUACCAAAAGCAGGGAAAUGCAUCAAAAGAUCUUAGAAACUCUUUUUUUUUACUAUAUACAUAUCAAAUUCAAACGUGACAUGUCAAAAAAAUCUAGAAGAGCAGGGGGAGAAAGACGUUGCUACUGUUCAGUACCAUGCCCCGCUUGAAAAAUGUAGAAAAG